GGUCGAGUGUGUGUUGAGGAGGACGUGUGGGUGUUGAGGAGGACAUGUGUGUGUUGAGGAGGACGUGUGGGUGUUGAGGAGGACGUGUGUGUGUUGAGGAGGACGUGUGGGUGUUGAGGAGGACGAGUGUGUGUUGAGAAGGUCGAGUGUAUGUUGAGGAGGACGUGUGUGUGUUGAGAAGGUCGAGCGUAUGUUGAGGAGGACGUGUGUGUGUUGAGAAGGUCGAGCGUAUGUUGAGGAGGACGUGUGUGUGUUGAGAAGUUCGAGCGUAUGUUGAGGAGGACUUGUGUGUGUUGAGAAGGUCGAGCGUAUGUUGAGGAGGACGUGUGUGUGUUGAGAAGGUCGAGUGUAUGUUGAGGAGGACGUGUGUGUGUUGAGAAGGUCGAGUGUAUGUUGAGGAGGACGUGUGUGUGUUGAGAAGGUCGAGCGUAUGUUGAGGAGGACGUGUGUGUGUGUUGAGAAGUUCGAGCGUAUGUUGAGGAGGACGUGUGUGUGUUGAGAAGGUCGAGCGUAUGUUGAGGAGGACGUGUGUGUGUGUUGAGAAGUUCGAGCGUAUGUUGAGGAGGACGUGUGUGUGUUGAGAAGGUCGAGUGUAUGUUGAGGAGGACGUGUGUGUGUUGAGAAGGUCGAGCGUAUGUUGAGGAGGACGUGUGUGUGUGUUGAGAAGUUCGAGCGUAUGUUGAGGAGGACGUGUGUGUGUUGAGAAGGUCGAGCGUGUGUUGAGGAGGACGUAUGUGUGUGUUGAGAAGGUCGAGUGUAUGUUGAGGAGGACGUGUGUGUGUUGAGAAGGUCGAGCAUAUGUUGAGGAGGACGUGUGUGUGUUGAGAAGGUCGAGCGUAUGUUGAGGAGGACGUGUGUGUGUUGAGAAGGUCGAGUGUGUGUUGAGGAGGACGUAUGUGUGUGUUGAGAAGGUCGAGCAUAUGUUGAGGAGGACGUGUGUGUGUUGAGAAGGUCGAGCGUGUGUUGAGGAGGACGUGUGUGUGUUGAGAAGGUCGAGUGUGUGUUGAGGAGGACGUGUGUGUGUUGAGAAGGUCGAGUGUGUGUUGAGGUUCUCUCUUGUCAUGGCUGUGGAUUUUAGCGGAUCGUGGCAGAUGUACGAGCAGGGAGACCCCGAGGAGUUCCUCAAAGCUGUGUCCAUACCACACCUAAUGGCAAAGAUGAUGAGGGAAAUUAAGCCCUUAAUUAUUAUAAAACAAACUGGUGAGGACUUUGUGAUCUCGGUUAAAACUCCACUGCGCACAAACACCAACUCGUUCACCAUCGGCAAGGAGAGCGAAUUCACCACCAUGGACGGAGUGAAGACCUGGGCUACAGCACAAAUGGUUGAAGGGAAAAUUAUCAUAGAUACAGAGAAAGUCACACACAUGCGUGAGCUCCAGGGAGAGGAAAUGGUUGAGGUUUGUUCUCCUUCAUCAUUCAUUAGUAUUAUUGUAACGUCAACAUCACUACCCAAGAUUACUGAGAUUAAUAAUUCCAGUGCAGAAGAAUAAAACCUUUAUGCAGAGUCGAGUUUUUACCCAAUAAACCUGCCAGAUGAGGCAGAUGUGGUAAAUGAUUGACAGCUGUGAAGGUGUUUUGAACUCUCUGAUAUUAGAUGAGCUCCCCCGCCUCACCCUUCCCUAUGUGUCUGUAUUAUACUGUAAAACCAUGUGGAUAGACAGUUUCUACCUUCUUCAGAUCAUUCCUGAAAGGAGUCUACUGAAAAUAUACUGCAUUCUAAUGUUUAUUAUAGCACGGAGUAUCUGAGUCCAUAUUGAGGUGGUAACAAGGUGACAAUGAGGUUAGGGUGAGAAUUAUUAUAGAAUUAAUAUAGAAUUAACAAGGUUAGGGUUAAUUAUCGCUAAACUAAGUUGUGUGCAGAGCUGAACAAGACGGAGAUGAUUAUACGUGCAUUUAUCUCCUCCUGUCUUGACUAUUGUAAUUCUUUUCAGUUGUCUUAACAAUACAUCACUGAACAACUUUCAUGUGGUCCAAAAUGCUGCUGCUAAGCU